UGAGUACAUCUUGGAUUCUCGAUAUCGCUCUCAAGUUUCAUAAUAUUCCAAGCUUACCUCACAUUUGCAUUAUUACAAGCAUAAAUCGGGCAGGGGACGCUGUUAGCACCUUGUCAAACACUCUAAAUCCAUCCCAAAAAACCCCCACACCCAAUCAUGACUGUCCGAAAGCUUACGGCAACCGUUGCGGCCCCCGGCGUGCCCUUCUUCACCCCAGCCCAGGACCCGCCCGUCGGAACGGCGCUCAACACGGACAAUGACAAUGGCGCCGGCACCAAGACGCCGACCGUCUUCACCCCGCUCAAGCUCCGGUCGCUGACGCUGCAGAACCGGUUCGCCGUCAGCCCCAUGUGCAUGUACUCGGCCGACGAUGGCCACCUCACAGACUUCCAUCUCGUGCACCUCGGGGCUAUGGCCAUGCGCGGCGUUGCCCUCACCAUCUUCGAGGCCACCAGCGUCACACCCAACGGCCGCAUCUCGCCCGAGGACAGCGGCCUGUGGACCGACUCGCAGAUCGCGCCGCUGAAGCGCAUCGUCGACUUCAUCCACUCGCAGGGCCAAAAGGCCGGCAUCCAGCUCGCCCACGCCGGCCGCAAGGCCAGCACCGUCGCCCCCUGGCACACCCAGAGCCGCGGCCACGGCGAGGCUGCCACCGCUGCCCAGGGCGGCUGGCCCGACAAUGUUUGGGCACCGUCCGCCAUCAAGUUCUCGCCCAAGUUCCCCCAGCCCAAGGAGAUGACCGUCUCCGAGGUCGAGGGCCUGGUCGACAGCUUCGCCAAGGCUGCCAGCCGCGCCGUCAGCGCCGGCUUUGACACGAUAGAAAUCCACGCUGCGCACGGCUAUCUGCUCACAGAGUUCCUGUCGCCCAUCACCAACAAACGCACAGACCAGUACGGCGGCAGCUUCGAGAACCGCACGCGGCUGCUGGUCGACGUGAUCAAGGCGACGCGGGCGGUGAUCCCCGAGACGAUGCCGCUGCUGGUGCGCAUCUCGGCGACCGAGUGGAUGGAGUGGACGGGCGGCGAGUCGUGGGACCUGGCGCAGAGCAUCCGGCUCGCGAAACUGCUGCCGGACCUCGGCGUCGACCUGCUCGACGUCAGCUCCGCCGGCAACAACGCCGAGCAGCGCAUGCAGAUAACGCCCACCGUGCAGAUCGACCUCGCCAGCGAGAUCCGCGAUGCUGUCCGUGCCGCCGGCAAGACGCUGCUCAUCGGUGCGGUCGGGUUUGUUAACACGGCUGAGAUUGCCCGCCGCGUUGUUCAGACUGAUGAUGAGGGUCUGGUGGAUGUCGACGGCGAGCACGGGCAGAAGACUAAGGCCGACCUCGUGCUCGUCGCGCGCCAGUUCCUCAAGGAGCCAGAGUUUGUCCUCAGGGCGGCGCACCAGCUCGGCGUCGAGGUUAAGUGGCCGCUGCAGUACGGCCGCGCGGCCUGGGCCAAGGGCGAGAAGUUGUAAAAGGGGGGAAUAUGAAUGAGGAUAUGAAUGUCAUGAGUGCGCCUAGGUGACGUGUAAUUUAUUUAGCAUGGCGACGAGAUUUGUAUUUUGCUUUUUAGUGUUACGACGUUAGAGAGGCGAGGCAUUAGACAGACUUUUUGAAUCACUUUUUAUCUUGG